GUGAGUUUAGCUCAGCGCGAAUUUUCUCCAGUCUCAACUUCUGCUGUGGAGCUCUUUUGUAGCAGUUCAGGCGAAGAGAAGAGGCCAGCAGCACUAAAACACAGUGUGAUACAGACAGGGAGCUGCUGUCACACUCCUGAAGACGAGAAAUGGCGGAUGGCGGAGAUCUGAUGGACGGCAAUCUGGAAGAUGGAGAGAUCUCCGGCUCGGACACUGAGAUGGGAACCGCCGUAGCAGCCCGGCCCCUGGUUCCAGCCGCGUUCAGCGACCAGUCCUUCCAGAGCAGAGCCCAGCCACCAGCCUACCGCAGCUCCGGCAGGACGGUGGAGUCCAGCGACACUGACCCGGAUUCAUCAGACGAGGAGGCGGCGGUUUGGCGCCGCAAGCGACAGAAAGUGUCCAACGCUCCUCCGUGUACCGUCCGGCCGGGCCCGAACCCAGUGGCCGCCCCUGGCGCGCUGGGAGGCCGCAAGGUGAACAACAUUUGGGGCUCUGUGGUCCAGGAGCAGUGCCAGGACGCCGUGACUGCAGAGCUCGGUAUAUUCGGCAUGGAGGGUGUUGGCAUGUCCAGCAGAAAUGUGGAGACCUAUAACUUUGUCCUGGCCCGUAAGAUCAUGGAGAAGGAGAGGGACAUGGAGAACCGGGCAAGGAAUGAAGGAGAGGUGAGCAUGCUGGAUGAGGAGCUGGAGGAGUACAUGAAGGGCCGGGGGUCAGAGGACAGGGCAGGGGGCAACACCAAGAGGAAGAGGCCAGCUAAAGAGAGGCUGGGCCCCAGAGCUGAGAUGGAUAUCAAGGGCCGGUAUGAGAUCAGUGAGGAUGACCCGGAUGAUAAGGUGGUAGAUGAGAUUGCACACAGGCUGCAGGAGCCCAAAAAGGAACUGAUAGGACGUGUUGUUCACAUAGUUGGGAAGAAGAAAGCCAUAGAACUGCUUGGAGAGACGGCCACGCUGGAGGAAAACGGUGGUGUGUACACCAUGGAUGGCAGCAGGCGACGGACCCCAGGAGGGGUGUAUCUGAACCUGCUGAAGAACACACCCAGCAUCUCCAAGUCCCAGAUCAGGCAGAUAUUCUUCGAAGAACAACAGAAUGACCAAAAGAGCAAGAAGGCUGCCCAGAAGAGGAGGCGGCACAUGGUGGCCAAAAAGAUGAAGCAGGCCAUCGGCACUCUGAACCUGCAGGAGCACGAUGACGUCUCCAGGGAGACUUUUGCUAGUGAUACCAACGAGGCCUUGGAGUCGCUGGAGGAGGCUGCAGAAGAGGAGGAGGGCGAAGAGGAGGGUGAGGUGGAAGCUGCUGUGGGCACUGAGGAGACACCCGUGGUCUACAACUCAGCAGACCUGGAGGUCUUCUGAGGGCUGUCUGAACACGAUCAUCUGGACUAACAUGAAUGAAACACUGAAAGCACUGUAGUCACACAGUGGUGUCUUUUUUUUUUUUUUUUUUAAAUUUAGCAAUAAAGGCUGCGCUUAUGCUAACAGAAAUAUUGUACUUGUUUUGUACAGCAUGGAUUUGUUGAUUUCAACAUUUGUGAUCCAAAUGGUGUUUGCUUUUAAAAUUCUGAUCAAACAAAAGCUGUCAUCUGAGUUUCAGUAACCUUCUCUGUUCUGACCUACAUUGUGAAAUGAUUCAGUUUUGUUUCAUUAAAAUCAUCUGUGUCUGUAUCUGAAAAAUAAAUAAAGGUGACUCAGGUUAAAUUACUUUAACAAA